UUGCUGCACGGGUGUUUGUGAACGCGUGUGCACACGCACGCCCUUGGAGCUCGUGCACGCGCAAACACACCCGCGCGCUCCACCGAGAGCCAAGGCUGAGGUCGAUGAUCGAGCGUGCUCCUAUCAAGAUAUGACACAGGGCUCUGCAAGCUGCUGAGUGUCAGAGGACGCGGGGAAUACGGAUGAUGUUUUACCCUGGCUGCUUAGAGGCCGAGGGAGUGUUUACUGACAACCGCUCUAUGGUGAAAAUAGGGUUACUUGGACAAUGGUUGCCAAUGCGGAUUGUGGAAAGGCUUUUUCAAUUGCAAUAUGGGUUCAAUUAAAUCAUUUUUAAAAAUGUAUAAUAUAAUGAAAUUGUGGCCGCGAUAAUUUCAGGGGAAAAAUUAUGACACAAAGCAGUUUCAUGGACGCCGACAAGAAAAGGGAACGGCAUAGUCGUAGGUCUGAAUCAACCCUCAGUAACUCCCUCAGUAAAAGAGAUUACAGAAUAGUCAAGAAAAUUGGAGAGGGGACGUUCUCUGAAGUGGUAAAGACCCAGAGUCUGAAGGAUGGAAAAUACUAUGCCUGCAAAACGAUAAAACAGUCCAUUGACAGCCUGGAGCAGGUUAAUAGCUUAAGAGAAGUUCAGGCAAUGAAACGCUUGAACCCACACCCUAAUAUUCUCCAGCUUCAUGAAUUAGUAUUCGAUCAGGAAUCUGGUACCCUCUCCCUCAUUUGUGAACUGAUGGACAUGAACAUCUAUGAGUUCAUCAGAGGCAGGAAAUAUCCUUUGCCAGAAAGUAAAAUCAAGCACUACAUGUACCAGUUAUGCAAGUCCCUGGAUCAUAUGCAUAGAAAUGGGAUCUUUCAUAGAGAUGUGAAGCCAGAGAAUAUUUUAAUCAGACACGAUGUCCUGAAGCUGGCAGACUUUGGCUCCUGCAGAAGUGUGUACUCACAGCCCCCUUACACUGAGUACAUCUCCACACGCUGGUACCGCGCACCAGAGUGCCUGCUGACCGACGGCUACUAUUCACACAAAAUGGACAUCUGGAGCGCUGGCUGCGUCUUCUUCGAGAUCAUCAGUCUCAGCCCCCUGUUUCCUGGAACAAAUGAGCUGGACCAGGUGGACAAGAUCCAUGAUGUACUGGGAACACCCGACAGUGGUGUGCUGCAGAAGUUCAAACAGUCCAGGUCGAUGCGCUUUGACUUCCCCUCACGGAAGGGCUGUGGGAUCACCCAUCUCAUCCCCCAGUGCUCCUCCACCAACCUGUCUCUGCUCUACCAGAUGCUGGCGUACGACCCAGAUGAGCGCAUCAGUGCACAGAUAGCACUGCAACACACCUUCUUUAAGGAGCAACGUGUCCCCCCCCUCAGUGUGACAGAGAGGCGUGCAGUGGGCCUGCGGCGAGCCAUCGGGACGGUGGAGGGAGGCGAGACCAGCGGGACGCCCAGCUCCGUGGACCAGCUGUGGCGCAUCGCCAGACAAGGCAGAAGACAGCACCAUCUGAAGCAUCUGGCUGAUCCUCUUAUCCGGUGCAAUGCGCAGAGGUACCCCGUGGAGCUGCCCAAGCUGAACGUGGUCGUGCCCUCUCCCAAAAUCACCUACCCGGUGUCCAGCUUGCCCGCUCUCACCAUCACGCACAGGGGUUCCCUGCCUUCCAUCACCUCGAAAAAGUGCCACUCACGUCUGCCCAGAGAAGAACCUCACCGUGCAGCUUUCAAAACAUACUUCAUGCCUCCUCUGGAGAGAAAGCGUGGGGAAUACUGAGCAACCACUAGCUACCUACACUGUGUCAAUACAUGACCUACCUGAAUGAAAUCACUUGGAAACGCCCCACAGGUUCAGAAUGGAACAACAUGUGACGUGUACAUUGAAUAAACAAUGCCACCUAGAGGUGAGGACCUGAACAGCAAGGGAUAAAGAACAUCCCAGCUCCAGUAAAACUAAACCAUUGGAUUGCCGACUGGCAGUUUUUGUACAUUUCUUUAACUUAGUAAAUAGUUAAGAGACUAUUCUCAUCACUGGCGUCCCUUAUGUAGCGUUGAAGAUUGACGAUGGUCAUGCCAGAAUGAGGAUGAAACCACCCACAUGACAGACAAGAACAAAUACAAGCACUUAUUCUCUAAUAUCAAGUCAUGACAAGUUGUACAUUCUUUACAUUGUACCGUUGGUAAUGUGAAAAUUGACCCAAGUUGAUCAUCCAGGAUAAAUGUAGGCACCCUCUGCAUUAAGUGACCGCUGUUUUUCAUCAAUCUUCCAUUUCCUCUUGUUACCACUUUUUCCUGUGUAUAAUUUGCUUGUCACCCGCACUGCUUACACAAAUGCCAUGGCAAUAAAGAAUGUAGUUAACAUUUAAAA